UAGGGAAGGGGGUGUGUCCGGUGUUGCGGCGCGGAAGUGACGCCAUCACGCUGGGGGCGGUGAGCGGAAAGAAGGAAGCGACCAUCUUUAGUGGCGGCGGCAGCGGCGGCGCGUCCCGAUGCCGGCGGAGAAGAUGGCGCUGGACGGGCCCGAGCAGAUGGAGAUGGAUGACGGGAAGGGCGGCACGGGACUGCGGCAGUACUACCUGUCCAAGAUUGAGGAGCUGCAGCUCAUUGUGAACGAGAAAAGCCAGAACCUGCGACGCCUGCAAGCGCAGAGAAAUGAGUUGAACGCUAAAGUGCGUCUGCUGCGGGAGGAGCUGCAGCUGCUGCAGGAGCAGGGCUCCUACGUCGGGGAGGUGGUGAGAGCCAUGGACAAGAAGAAAGUGCUCGUCAAGGUGCACCCGGAGGGGAAGUUCGUGGUGGAUGUGGACAAGAACAUCGACAUUAAUGACGUGAGUGUCCUGGGGACGUGGCUGGGCCCUUCUUGUCCCCUCCCCGCCAUGGGGACGCUGAGCUCCCCUCUGCUCUGGCGGCAGGUGACGCCAAACUGCCGCGUGGCCCUGCGCAACGACAGCUACACACUGCACAAGAUCCUGCCCAACAAAGUGGAUCCUCUGGUGUCCCUGAUGAUGGUGGAGAAGGUGCCGGAUUCCACCUACGAGAUGAUCGGGGGCUUGGACAAGCAGAUCAAGGAGAUCAAGGAAGUGAUCGAGCUGCCGGUCAAACACCCAGAGCUUUUUGAGGCGCUGGGGAUUGCCCAGCCCAAGGGGGUGCUGCUCUAUGGCCCCCCCGGCACAGGGAAGACCCUGCUGGCCAGGGCCGUGGCCCAUCACACCGACUGCACCUUCAUCCGCGUCUCAGGCUCCGAGCUGGUGCAGAAGUUCAUUGGGGAAGGCGCCCGCAUGGUGCGGGAGCUGUUUGUGAUGGCGCGGGAACACGCGCCCUCCAUCAUCUUCAUGGACGAGAUCGACUCCAUCGGCUCCUCACGCCUGGAAGGGGGCUCGGGGGGGGACAGCGAGGUGCAGCGUACCAUGCUGGAGCUCCUCAACCAGCUCGACGGCUUUGAGGCCACCAAGAACAUCAAGGUGAUCAUGGCCACGAACCGAAUCGACAUCCUGGACUCUGCUCUGCUGCGCCCCGGCCGCAUCGACAGGAAGAUUGAGUUCCCCCCGCCCAAUGAAGAGGCCCGCCUGGACAUCCUCAAGAUCCACUCCCGGAAAAUGAACCUGACACGGGGCAUAAACCUGCGCAAGAUCGCGGAGCUGAUGCCGGGGGCGUCGGGCGCGGAGGUGAAGGGGGUGUGCACAGAAGCCGGGAUGUACGCACUGCGGGAGAGGCGGGUGCACGUCACGCAGGAAGACUUUGAAAUGGCUGUUGCCAAGGUGAUGCAGAAGGACAGUGAGAAGAACAUGUCCAUCAAGAAGCUGUGGAAGUAAUGGUGGAGCUGGGGCUGUGUUGUCUGGAAUAAAGUGCUGCUCUGGUCA